UCUCCCCUUUUCUGUUGCUCUCUCUCUCUCUCUCUCUAUAUAUAUAUAUAUAUAUAUCUCGCGUCCCUCUUCACCCCUCUCUCUAUCUCAUUUGUCUUUCGCCCUUCUUCACUCCCCUUUCCUGUUACUCUCCCCCUCUCUCUCUCUAUAUAUAUCUCGCGUCCUUCUUUACCCUUCUCUCUCUCUCUCUAUCUCCCUUACUCUUAUCCCCCUCUCUCUAUUUCCAUAGUUUCAAUUAAACAUCUUCCCAUCGAAAUGUUGUCUUCGUGCCGACACCCAGGGUUUCGUACUCUUCUGAGCAACUUUGCCAAACAGCAGCGCUUUGCCAGUACCUUGGUAAUUGCUGAACACAACAAUGAUACACUCGGCUCUAUUACUCUGAAUGCAAUUAGUGCUGCAGCAAAGAUCGGUGGAGACAUCACAUGUUUGGUGGCAGGAACUCAAUGUGCCAAGGUUGCAGAAUCUGUGAGCAAAGUAAAAGGUGUUGGAAAAGUUCUAGUUGCCGAAAACGAAUCCUUCAGUGGUUUCUUACCAGAAUCCCUGACUCCAUUGAUAGUUAACCUGCAGAAUCAGUUUAAAUUCAGUCAUGUUUUGGCCGGUGCCACAGCUACUGGGAAAAACCUGUUACCCCGAGUUGCUGCUAAACUUGAUAUUUCACCAGUUAGUGAUAUCAUUGGUAUUAAAUCAGAAGAUACAUUUAUACGCACUAUUUAUGCUGGUAAUGCCAUCCAAACAUUGCAGGUGACUGAUAGUGUAAAGGUGGUUACUGUACGAGGCACUUCUUUCGACCCUGCUCCUACAAAUGGCUCUGGUGCUGCUAUUGAAAAUGUUCCCGAUGCCACUGUUGAGAACUCUGUUUCCAAAUUUCAAGGCCAACAACUGUCAAAAAGUGACCGGCCUGAGCUGUCCAGUGCCAGUAUUGUUAUAUCUGGAGGACGUGGAAUGAAGAGCGGAGACAACUUCAAGCUCCUCUAUGAUCUUGCUGAUAAAAUGAAUGCAGCUGUUGGUGCAUCUCGUGCUGCAGUUGAUGCUGGUUUUGUCCCUAAUGAUCUGCAGGUUGGGCAGACAGGCAAGAUUGUGGCACCGGACCUUUAUAUGGCUGUCGGUAUAUCUGGUGCAAUCCAACAUUUGGCUGGCAUGAAAGACAGUAAGAUUAUUGUUGCUAUCAAUAAGGACCCAGACGCUCCUAUCUUUCAAGUUGCGGAUUAUGGAUUAGUAAUGGACUUAUUCAAGGCUGUUCCUGAGAUGACAAACCUCAUCAAGAGUUCCUGAUGUUCUCAUGCUGUGUGACCUAGUGAUCGGGUGAUGGCGUAACACAAGAACAUUGAUUGGUUUGGUCUGACCAGAUGUGACGUGGAGACACUUGAUUAUAGUAAUCACACACACACACGUGCACACACACAUUUACUUACACACACUGGUUAAUACAAACACACAGACACAGUUAUACAUAUAUACAGUCUGGUAUACACAUGUAGUUUCUAGCGUAUGCUUCUCAGACUGCUACAUGCAUACAAACACAGUGUCAUACAUACACAUACUACAUGCAUACAAAUGUACAUAUGUAUAUGCACACACACACACACGCAUACAUACUGACUUAAAUAUACACACAUACACAUAUUCAGUUAUAUAAAUGUUCUUUACUGAUGAAUAAACAACGUUGUGAUAAUUUUAUUUACA